AUGGCUGAAUCAACGACGUCGCAGCCGGGCUCGGAAGCUCAGGCGUACACCACUCCAGACGUUAUCGUCACUGGUAACGAUGACCCUUCUGCCCCACAUGCGUCCAUCACAAGCCGAACACGAUUCGAGCGCCUGAUGCUUAUUGGCAAGUGCUGUGUGCCACUGCGAGUCGAAGCACUCAAGGCUGCCGUUGCCGAAGCAAAGAGCGGUUCAGACAUCGUACGCUACAAUGAUGCGUGCGCCCUGCUCAGUGCAGCUGCCCCGGACGAUCCUGAUGCGCGGAUGGAUGGAGCGUGGAUCGAGAACACCGACAUUGCCAACAGAGCCGAAACUACUCGCUUGGAGACGGAACUUAAAGGGUACAGGAACAAUCUCAUCAAGGAGAGUAUUCGGAUGGGCAACGAAGAUCUGGGAAAGCAUUUCGAAAGUAUAGGCAAGCUUGCUGAAGCUACCGAAGCAUACAGCAAAAUGCGCCAUGAUGUCAGCACCACCAAACACAUUUUCGAUUGCGGCACGCACUUGGCCAGCGUCGCUUUUCAGCGCCAUGACUGGGCCAGCGUGCUGAGCAAUGUUGGCAAGAUAUCCAAUAUCCAAAGCGGCGACGACGAACAGGAACAGCAGGCCUACACCAAGGUGGCAUCAGGUGUUGCCUUGCUGGGAAUGGGCAAUUUCCACGAUGCGGCUAUGACCCUCAUCCAUACUAACCCGAAUGUGUCCCCAGCCGAAUACAGCACAGUCGCAAGCCCCAACGACGUCGCCAUCUAUGGAGGGCUUUUGUCGCUGGCAACCAUGGACAGGACAGCUUUGCAGUCUCGUAUACUAGAUAAUCAAUCCUUCAGGACAUUCCUAGAGCACGAGCCGCACAUCCGAAAGGCGAUUAGUUUGUUUGUUAACGGCAGAUACUCGACUUGUCUCUCCAUUCUGGAGUCUACGCGGGCGGACUACCUACUCGACAUUUACCUACAACCACACAUUUCCGCAAUUUACUCUUUGAUCCGCGAAAAGUGUAUUGUCCAAUACUUUAUACCUUUCUCGUGUGUCACGCUAGACAGCUUGGACGCUGCAUUUGGAAAGCCCGGCCAAUCCGUUGAGCCAGAGCUCAUCAGGAUGAUUCGAGACGGGUCGUUAAGAGCCAGAAUAGAUGCCAGAAACAAGCUUCUAGUAGCGGUAUCCCCUGAUCCACGACUAGUGGUACAAACAAAUGCACUCCAUGUGGCAAGGAAAUACGAAUUGGAAGCCAAAGAGCGGCUACGGCGCAUGAAUAUUAUCGGUGCAGGCCUUGAAGUCAUUGGCGUUAAGAAGCCACAGACUGGCGGUGUAGGAGGCGCUGAGCCCGAAGAGGCCUGGUUCGAAGAGAAUCGCGUGGCCAGCCUUCUCGCUGAGCAAGCUCAGGAUGCUUAG